AUGUCUUCCCCCAACCCUGAGGAUAUCCCACAGGAGGCUGAGCCCUCAAGCUCCAAGAAGAAAAAGAAGAAAAGAAAGUGGCAACAGCAAGAGGCCAGCAUCCAAGCCUUCACCAGGGCUGGCCAUGGGGCCCUACUGGCUGGCCAGAACCAUGAGGCCUUGACCAACUUCCAGAGGGCCUUCCUCCUGGCCUCUAAGACCUCACAAAACAGGGACACUCCCAUUCUCCGGGCCUGUGCCUUCAACCUGGGGGCUGCCUACGUGGAGACUGGGGACCCAGCCAGAGGCCUGGAGCUGCUACUCAGAGCCCAACCUGAAAAGAAGUCGCAGGGCAGGUGUCAUGGUGACCAGUGUUUCAAUGUGGCUUUGGCCUAUCAUGCCCUGGGCAACCUGCCUCAAGCUUUGGCCUGGUACCACAGGGCCCUGGGCCACUAUCAAUCACUAGGUGACCAGGGGCAAGCCCAGGCAAAAAUGGGAGCCUGCUACCAGGCUCUGGGACAGCCUGAGCUGGCAGCCGACUGCUUGCAGGAAGCAAGCCAGGCCUAUGCUCAAGCAGGGCAGCCCCAGGCUGCAGCCCUGGCGCUGGGGGCUGCGGCAGGGUGUAUGCUGAAGAGUGGGCAGCAUGGCGUGGGUGAAAUGGUGCAGGUGCUGGAGAAGAGCCGGAAGCUUGCCGAGAUGAGCACUGAGCGGGGACUGCUUGGGCAACUCUAUAAUGACCUAGGCCUGGGCUACUCCCAGCUCCAGCUGUUCCCGCUAGCAGCAGAGGCCUUCCUGCAGGCCUUGCCCUUGUGCCGAGGGCCGGGAGAGGAGGCCACAGUGCUGAGAAACCUUGGGAUGGCCCACAAUGCCCUUGGCAACUAUCAGGAAGCCCGGGAAUUUCACCAGAAGGCUGCUGACCUGCAUGGCUCUGUGGGGCAACGGUGGGAGCAGGGCCGGAGCUUUGGCAGCCUGGCAUUUGCGCUGAGCCAGCUGGGGGACCACAAGGCUGCCAGAGACAACUACCUACAUGCUCUGCAGGCUGCCCAGGACACUGGGGACCUGAAGGGGCAGUGGCAAGCCUGUGAGGGUCUGGGGGCUGCUGCAGCCAGACUGGGGCAGCAUGAUCAGGCCUUGAAGUACUAUAAGGAAGCGCUGGCCCAGUGUCAGAAGGAGCCAGAUUUUGUGCGAGAGCGGCUGGUGGCCAAGCUGGCAGAUGCCAUGAGGAUCCACUUGGCCCAGGGUGGACCAAACCUGCCUCAAACCCUGACCUCAGCUCCAGGGGGGCCUCAGACUCCAGGGGGGGCCUGCCCAGCAGGUACUCCAGCCAGCUUGGGAAGGAGCCCAGCAGAAGCAAAGCACAGGUGAAUCUUUGGGUGGGAAGAGAAAGAGUUAGAGAAGGGCCAUGAGGAGAAAGAGGAAGAGGCUUCCAACUCUGACAGCAGAGUUCCUUGCUGUUCUAGACUUAGGGCCCAUCUCCCAUUUGGAGGCCAAGGCCACCCCAGCAUGGAGUACCCUGGCAUUCUGGUACCCAGUGCCCCUAAGCUAAUGGCCCACCAGCAGAGGUAA